AUGGCCCCGGGAAUAUUAUCUGAUCCAACCGCAGGCGUGCUUUCCGGCUCCAAGCCGACAGUUUACGUGUUGGAUUCGUUCCAACCCGAGGUCAUCAGCUUUUGUAAAAAACAUUUCAACGCAAUUCUACCUGGACAACCUGAACAUGCAAAGUGGAGGGAAAAUGUUCGGUUUCUUCUCAUGCGGUCCUCACGCCUCACGGCCGAAGACAUCGCUGCUUGCCCACAUCUUCUUGCCAUCGGAAAGCAAGGUGUCGGAAUUGACAAGAUCGAUGCCGAUGCUUGUUCUGCGCGUGGCAUUAAAAUCUUCAACACCCCCGGUGUCAACGCGCGUGCGGUGGCUGAAAUGGUUUUGGCUUUGACGACAGCCGUGGCAAGACAAGUGGGAAGCAUCGCAGGAAAGCAAAAUGCUGGCAUUCUUGUGCCCAAGGAGACGUGCUCAGGGAUUAUCCUGCAUCGGAAGACGAUCGGCAUACUUGGCAUGGGCAACAUCGGAAGGGCUGUUGCUCAAAUCUUUCGCGGAGCGUUCGAGGCGGACAUUGUGGCUUACGACCCCUAUUUGCCUCUUGAAGUCUGGGAUGAAAUCCCUCAUUCCCGCGCCGAGUCAGUAUCGGAUGUUUUAUCAGCUUCCGACGUUGUGACGGUUCACAUGCCGUUGACACCCGCCACCAGACAUCUUCUUGGUUACGAACAGUUCAAAAUCAUGAAGAACACCGCCAUAGUUAUCAACACAGCUCGGGGAGGUAUCAUUAACGAAUCUGAACUAGAAUGUGCCCUUUCGGAAGGACUCAUCUGGGGAGCUGGAUUGGACUGUCAUGAGGAAGAGCCUCCUAGCAAAGAGAAGUACGGUACUUUGUGGGACGUUGGUGCGCUCAGUACGCCGCACAUUGGGGCAGCAACUAGAGAGACUCAAGUCCAAACAGGCAUGGCAGCAGCCACAAAGUUGUUAGACUAUGCCAGAAGUCGGGCGUAG